CUCUGCGCUCUCGAAACUCAAUCAGAGUAGGCGUCGGUGCGCGCGCUCCGCAGCAGAUGAACUGAGAGCACGAGACCAGCCGUGAUGCCCAGCGUGCAGCGGUGUGCGCCGGAGGAGAGCUGACGAGCCGCGGUUUGUCACACUACAAGUCUUCUUCUCACGGAGGAUGGCAGGGAUGCUGCGCGCCGCAUCUCUCUCUCUGGCUCUGUGAGACAGCGCACGGUGCCCCGGACGAGCCGUACGGCAGGACCUGUGUGUGUGUGUGUGUGUGUGUGUGUGUGUGUGUCUACAGCUCAGUGGAAUGAUUUCAGAUCUCCCCAAGGUGCUGAUACUGGGGGCCAUCGCCGCCGCCUCUGCCUUUGUGGUCACCAUCCUUAUCGUCUUGGUAUGUGUGGGGUGUCAGAGAAAAAGCAAGAGCAAACAUGGCCAAGCCAACGAAGGGGCUCAGAGAAAAGAAACCGUGAGUGCAAAAAAACUAUGAACACAUACACAGAGUGUGAUUAUGGAUAUGGAUGUACAUACUGUACAUAUACAUGAUAAUGUUUUAUUUCAGGCUGCUCUGCGUCAGUCCAAGCUGAACUCAAUGAGUAAAUCUGACACCCGCCUGCAUGACAUGCACAGGCUGCCCUGCAACGCCAAUGGCGCCACCAAGAGCCGGCCGGCCAGCAUGGACCUUCUUCUCCUGCAUACCCGACGCUCCAAUUCUGACCUCCGUCCCAGCCCAGGCCGCCAGCUGCCUCGUGUUUCCAACAAAAAUGAGAAUGAGGAACGUGAGCACACCUACUCUGAAGUCUGCCGCCGCUCCUCUCCCACAUUCCUCCCUCCAGAUGACGGCCUGUACGAGAGUGUUGGGAUCAAAGGGGCGGGGCCUGAUAAAGCUGCCCCACCUGCUGCCCCAGUCUCGACAUCAAACAACACGCCCACUCAGCGCCAUGCACACAGCCCGACGCUCAAUGGGAACGGCCGAGGUGGAAGCAGAGGAGUCGUGAACGGCAUGAGUCAAGACGAAGUGACGGCGGAGUACGCCUCCAUACGGAAGGUGAAGAAGCUGGAGCGCGGCAGGAGGGAGGAAGUGCUGGAGGAUGGAGAAAGAGAGCACCAGAGCAUGUCCAGCAGUGAGUCCUCCAGCAGCACCUUGCCUAGGAAAACACUGGAACCGUUUCACCUACCCAAUUUCCCAAAGGAGGCGGUCUUCAUGGGCAAUGGAGAGCAGUACAUUUGGAAACCACCAGAAGAGGACGAGAUGAUCGUGCCAGGGGCUCCUCAGCUGGAGAACGGACACAGCCAUCCCACCGCCGUGGAGAUCUCUGACAUGUACUCUACCGUUUGUAAGACCCUGAAGAGGAAACACCAGCAGGGUCAAAGCCAGGAGGACAGCAGGCCGGUGGCCUCUGCUGCGUCCCAAGCGCUGGACGGGGGCGGUGCGGGAUGGCCUUCCGCCGGUGCUGCAGGGGAGGAGUCGUGGGGGAGGAGCGCCCCCCAGGAGGAGCCCUGCUACGAGCCUGUGGGCGAGAAGACGUGGCCCCGGGGCCUGGCGCAAGAGUCAGACCCGGCCUACGCCACCAUCGACUCCCACCGGAAACGGGAGAAGCUGGCCAGCAACACGCUGAAGCCUAGAAAGAAACCCGUCCAGGUUCCAGGCAGAGCCAUGACCUGCGAGAACUUUUAUGAGACUAUCGGCGACGUGAAGCAGGGCGCAAACGCAGCGAGCACCACCACUAUCUUUACCUUUAACGACGGCAUGGAAAUGUACGUUACGGGGCUAUAAAAAAGCCUGACUUUAACCAUCAAAUUAAGCACCUACAGAGAAGGGAAAACAAACUGCAACCUUCUGUCAAAUGAGAAGAUACACAGCCUACAGCUGCCAAACACACGCCAACCUACACAACCAAUGUAUAUUUAUUCUUACCAUAGGAGUCCACAAUCAGCUGCAACUCAUGCAAACAAAACAACACUGAAUUGGCUGAACCAGGCCUGCAGCUGAGCUGUUUUUAGCCGACAGGCAUGGACACCAAAUCCAGGGAUCUAGACUGGUUUUUCCACCGUGCUACAGUUGCUAAUGAUAGUUUACUACAGGGUUAAAAUCAAUAUGACUCACUGUAGCACAGGGGAGUUUGCAUCUGAUUACAUACACUGCCAGCCAAACGUCUGGAUUAAUUAAGAUUAACUAAGAUUUUUAAUGUUUUAGUAAGAAAUCUCUCACUUAGACUGUAAAUAUUCGAUCAAAAAUACCAUAAAUUCAGUAAAACGGUUUAAUAUUACUACAAUUUAAAUAUCUGUUUUCUAUAUGUAUAUAUUUUAAUUUGUAAUGUAUUCCUGUGAUGCAAAGCUGAAUUUUCAGCAUGAUUAUUUCAGUCUUCAGUGUCACGUGAUCCUUCUGAAAU